AUGUGCCCACUUGACUGGGCCAACGUCCGGGGCCAUACGAAGCUGAUCAAGGCAAUCGAAAAGUACCAAGACUCUUUGUGGUUGCCAAAGUUUGUGGAGGACCUUAUCCGCGGCAUCGUGCGCUACAAAAUCAAAAUCUUCAAGGAGCCGCCGAGAAAGCUUGCAAAGCCAACGGCAAAAGAAGCUGCCACUAAUGACGAGGCAAAGACUGAUCCUGCUACUUCAGCUCAACCAGCUGCGGCGGACACCAGCAAAUCUACCGACAAACCAGCUGAAAGUCAAGCGAAAGAUACUCCGGCCAACGAUUCCCCAGCUAAAAAAUCGUUGUUCAAACGUGCAAAGAGCGAAAAGGCAGAUGGAAAGCUCGCCAAGGAAGACAAACCAGCGUCCGCAAAAUCUUUGGUUUAG